UCUGGAGUUCUUCAGAAAGGUUUUAUCGCUCGUGCCACUAUGACCAGUGACUUCCGUAACGUGAAGCGUUGCAUGUAUCUGCAGCUGUAUCAAUCAUUUAAAAUAUACCUUCGGUGUGCCCAACUGCUGUUUAUUGCACCAUGUAACAUCGAACAAGAACGUUCUUCGGUAACGUAUUUCAAACAAGCUCGAUUCCUGGUGACUUCGUGCGCUCUUGCCUGGAUAGCAACAUGUGGAUACCAAGCGAUUGCCAAGCUUAUUGAAGUGCCAAUGCCAUUCUUCACCGGGAUUUUAUACGUGAAUGAAGUGGUUCUGUGCAUUUUGAUCAGCAUCCAGACGAUGAGCAUUGGGUACAGUGAAACGCAACGUUGCAAUCAAUUUCUACAUAAAAUACUAACCGUAGCUUCUGCAAUACCGUGCACCGAGUGGACUGAAAUUUUAGCCUUUGUCCGACUAAAAUUGCUAUGGCUCUGUGCGAUGCUACUAACCAUUUACGGGUUGUCCUUGUGUUGCGACUUCUUACAUUAUGGCAGCAUUUAUGCGACCCUGUUCUCAUUGGGUGCCUAUUUGUUGCCCAAUAUAUUCGCGAGUAUGUCUCUUGCACAGUACUAUCUCGGCACUAUACUAAUUUACAAGAUGCAGCAGAAAAUUAAUCAGCUUCUCAGUACGGGAAGUGGCGCUAUUAACCUGCAACAAGCUAAACAUUUUUAUCUGCAGCUUGAUAGCUGUCUCAAACUUCUCACACGAUCAUUCGAAAUUCUAAUUGUAACAAACGUGUUUGCCGGUAUUAAUGUAACUAGCUUGCAAGUGCUCGAGAUCUACCAGUACUUGCAAGCCGGCGCAUCGAAAUCAAUCUACAUCGCUUACAACAUGUUAUGGAUUUUGUUACAACUAUGCAUGCUGCUGAUGGUACUUUAUCCGAACGAAAAGUUCAAACGGGAGCAAACACGCUUCGGUACGAUUAUGUUCGAACUUUCUCACCAAAACGAAGCUGAGAUGGUGGAGGUUCAGGUAAGGCUAAAAUAUUGA